UCCCCUCCCCUCCUCUUGCUUUUUUCGCUUUGCUCCUAAUCCAUUCUCACCUUAGUUUCAUCCUUGACCCUCUCCGGACCAUUCGACCAACCCGGGUGUGGGGAUGGUGGAUGUUCCAUUUAAUUGAUAACCUCUUCCCACCUCAUCUGCCUCCUCGUUCUUUAUCGUUAUCGUCAUCUUCCUUGUCAACAUCCAUCUGGCACUCCCCAUUGUUCUCUUACUCCACCGCGCCUUCAUAUAUCUCCUUCCCCCAUCUGUCUCUCUCUCUUACCUACUCUCUCCCUCCUUCCUCUUCAUCAUCUCAUCUCAUCUCAUCUCAUCUCCUUCAACAACUUUCCCUUCCCAUACUAUCUUACCUCUAUCUUAUCUGUACCGGCCUUGCUUCCUUCUGCCGUGUACUCCUCUUUCUACACUUCACUGUCUGCCCCGUUGAUCUCAGUAUCUAUCGGGCUUUUCUCUACUACUCUCUAUCUCUAUAUUCCACUCUAGAGAUCCUCUCCAAUCCCCUGAAGUCACUUGAUACUGAUAGCAGCACCUCCCUCCUCGUUCAUCCUACGUGAGAAGAGGCAGCACUCAGCGAGGACUUCUUCACCCACUAUGGCUGGCACCAUGGCCGACGACGAACUCUUCCUGAAGAUGGCGGCGCGGCUCUCGAGAAAUCUGGGAAACGGUUACGACAGGAUACUCCCCGGACCCUACCUGGUUCUGGUCUUCCUCCACCGAAACGA